UCGGAGCAUGAGGGAGGUACCAAGGGCCGGGCCAGUCGACUGCUACGUGUCUUGAAAGCGGUUUUUAAAAAACCUCCUCCGGUUUAAAGGCGGCCGUAAAAAGUUUCGUGGUAAGAACUUUGCAAAGUCCCCCGACCAUCCAGGCCCUGCGGCUGUCUUUCUGCGCGUGAAGCGGUUCGAGGCCGGUGUCCAGCUGUACGUCGGUGGUGCGAAAUGUCCAGUGUGAAAAAGCUCCGUACUGACCUCACAAGGUCAACCAAUGUGGUCUACCAGGCUCACCACGUCAGUCGGAACAAGAGAGGGCAGGUUGUGGGCACUCGGGGGGGCUUCAGAGGCUGUACCAUCUGGCUCACAGGUUUGUCUGGCGCUGGCAAGACGACUCUUAGUUUUGCCUUGGAAGAGUACCUUGUAUCCCACGCCAUUCCAUGCUACUCACUGGACGGUGACAACAUUCGGCACGGCCUGAACAAGAACCUAGGCUUUUCUGAUGAGGACCGGGAGGAAAACAUACGACGUGUGGCUGAAGUGGCAAAACUUUUUGCUGACGCUGGACUUGUUUGCAUUACCAGUUUCAUCUCACCUUUCACCAAGGACCGUAACGAGGCGAGGAAGGUGCAUGAGAGUGCUGGGCUAAAGUUUUUGGAAGUCUUUGUCCAUGCUUCUCUUGAAGUGUGUGAGAGUCGGGAUGUGAAAGGGCUUUACAAGAAGGCCCGUGCUGGAGAGAUUAAAGGUUUCACUGGGAUUGAUUCAGAGUACGAACGACCAGAGUCACCAGAGCUUGUUCUGAAAACUGGAGAGCUGACUGUGAACGAAUGCAUUCAUCAGCUGCUGGAGCUGCUCCAGGAUCAGAACAUCGUACCAAGCGAGAUCAUAGAGGAGGUGAAUGAGCUCUUUGUCCCGGAAAACAGGUUGCAUCUUGCCAUCGCCGACGCAAGCACUCUGCCCACCAUCAGCAUCACCAAGCUGGAUCUACAGUGGGUGCAGGUCUUAGCUGAAGGCUGGGCAAGUCCUCUAAAGGGCUUCAUGAGGGAAAGAGAGUUCCUCCAGGUCCUGCACUUUGGCAACCUGCUGGAUGGCGGCGCCAUCAACAUGUCGGUUCCCAUCGUGCUGCCGGUGAGCACUGAGACCAAGCAGGAGCUGGACGGCUGUCUAGCCGUGGCUCUGGAGUACCAGGGCUCCCGUGUGGCUAUCCUCAGGAAUCCUGAGUUCUACGCACAUCGCAAGGAGGAACGCUGUGCCAGACAGUGGGGAACCACGUGUCCGCAGCACCCUUACAUUAAGAUGGUUAUGGAAGGAGGUGACUGGCUAGUGGGUGGCGACCUGGAGGUGUUGGAGCGGAUCAAAUGGAACGAUGGACUGGAUCAGUACCGUCUGACACCCAAGGAGCUCAAGCAGAAGUUCAAAGACAUGCAAGCAGAUGCAAUUUUUGCGUUCCAGCUGCGCAACCCAGUGCACAACGGUCACGCUCUCCUCAUGCAGGACACCAAGCGGCGUCUCCUCGAUCGGGGAUACAAAAACCCGGUCCUCCUGCUCCACCCUCUCGGGGGCUGGACCAAAGACGAUGACGUGCCUCUGAGCUGGAGGAUGAGGCAGCACGCCGCCGUCCUGGAGGAGGGCGUCCUGGACCCAUCCAGCACCAUCGUGGCCAUCUUCCCCUCGCCCAUGAUGUACGCUGGACCCACAGAGGUGCAAUGGCACUGCAGAGCCAGGAUGAUUGCUGGCGCUAACUUUUACAUCGUUGGCCGCGACCCAGCCGGCAUGCCUCACCCUGUGACGAAGCAGGAUAUUUAUGAGCCCACGCACGGAGGAAAGGUUCUCACCAUGGCCCCCGGCCUCACCUCUGUGGAGAUCAUCCCCUUCAGAGUCGCUGCUUACAACAGGACCAAGAAGGCCAUGGACUUCUACAGCCCGGAAUGCCAUGCAGAUUUCGAGUUCAUCUCUGGAACCAAGAUGAGGAACCUGGCUCGGAGCGGAGAGAACCCGCCCGAUGGCUUCAUGGCCCCCAAAGCCUGGAAGGUGUUGGUGGAGUACUACUCUUCUGUUCAGAAGAACAACUGAUCACUUCUCAGUCCACGCUCAAAUUACAAAGUUUAUUCGUAUCUGGGGCAUAGAAAAUUGUACACUCCUUCCUUCUGGGGGUAUUAUAUCUGGGAUGGAUUUCUAUAAACAGUUGGGUAUUCUUGGUUUUAUUUUGAUGUUUUAAAGUUAAAUGAUAUUUACAUCCCUAUAAAAGCGCAACAGUUUAUUGUAAACCAGUUUAUUUGUCACAUUUAUAAAUCCAUUAUGUGUUUAAAUGCAUAUUAACUUAAGCUAUAUAUUUUAAUAAAUUAAAGGUAACAUGAGAUUAUUUUUUAUUCCUCUUUUUAUAAGCUUAGAAGUAUGUACCAAGAACAGGAAAUUAUGUUUUCAUAUUUACAUAUCUGAAGGAAAAAGGAUUUUUUUUUUCUGGAUUUUUCUUUAAAGUAGAUUUUAGAUUUGCAACAUUAACUAUUAUACCAGAGUCUUAUCAAGUUAUUUGUUAUGAUCCGAAUGUAGUUUUGUCACUGCAUACAACGCCUAACUGUCUAACAUGUAUGGCUGUUUUUAUAAUGUGAAAAGUGCCUUUUUCCUGUCAUGUCAUUCAGAAACUGUAACUUUUCAUUCUUGCUGGUGUUUAACUAGUUUAUUUCAGGUUUGUGAGGCAUUAUGAAGUGGACUUAUGUAUUCAUGACUGAACUCUGCGGGUGUUUGACAUCAAAUAAUAAAACGAAAAUGUUCACCGACAGAUCUCUGAUAAUGGAACAUUUUGUACUGUACAAUAAAGGUAAAGCACGUA